AUGAGAAUUUUUAUUCUUGGAUUAGCUGUUUUUGGUGUUGGAUUGUGUGCUGAAAAUGUUGAUAUUGGUAAUGACUUGAGUGUUACACUUGAGCUUAUCAAACAUCAACCAUGUAAAGGUGAGUAUAAAAACAAUUUAUUCUAUAAGAGUCUCCUAAAAUGAUCACCUAUUAAUUUGAAUCCUGAGAGCUCAUAUCAAACUUUUGAAAAAAAUUGUACUGAAUGAAUAUUUAUUUUCGAAAAUUUUGAAGACUGCUAAAAUACUGACGAGAAUUAAGGUCUGUUUUCAAAAUUAUAUUGUUCUGAUUUGAAAACCUCUUCUUAGAAAAUAAACUUUCCAUUCUCACAAUAACCGUUUUCAAUUUCAGCCGGAAAGUGGAACAAAAAACUCGAAUUUGAAUCUGGAAAUGACAAAAAAGGACCAAAACUUGAAGUUCAAGAUGGAAAACCAAACUGUUUCACUAUCGGAGGAAAAGUUGAAGUUUUAGAGGUAUAAUUGAUCAAUAAACUAUGAUCAAUAAACUACCGAGAUAAAUACUUUCAGGACUUCGGUGGGGAUUUUUCAAUUUAUUUGGAACUUAAAAACACUGCCAAGAAAAAUUCUGUCCCAGAAAAAUGUGCAAAACAGCCUGAAAAUGGUUGUGGAGGUUUUGGUUCAUGCUUGUAUUGCAACGCUUGUGAAACUUUUGGUGAUAAAAUUGGAGUGAGAGCUCAACUUCUCCUGGAUGGAAAGCCAAUCAGUUGCAAAGAUGGUUUGAAACGUGGAAGUUAUGAUAAUUUGAAACUUGCAUUCUGUCUUCCAAAUAUUGAAGAAGUUAUUUCAUCUCAAGGAUUGACAAAAGAAUCGUUCCUCCAACUCAUUCAAGCUGAUGUUUGUUCUAAAUUUAGUUUUAAAAAGCAAAAUUAUCUCAUAUUUCAGGAUUUGAAUUCUGUUCGAGCAAUUGGAGUUUUCGCUACCGUAUAUGUUUUCGAUUCUGAUGUGAGCAAACAAAUGGCUACUCAAAUCAAAAUUGAAGGAGUUUACCGUCGUACCAAAUACAGUUUCUUCAAGGUUAGAAAAUGCAAUAAUUAUGUAUUUUUCAACAAUCAAUUAUCAUUUUCAGGAUCAACCUUUGCCAGCUGAAGUUUACUGGUCACUUCCGUUCAAUCAAUUGAUCAAAAAUCAACAAGAAUAUGUUGCUUGUCACAGAAUUUUUGGGAAUUUGAAAAUCCAAAAGAAAGAUUAA